UCCCUUAUCCCUCAGGGAAGUGUGUUUUUGUUCGUCAAUUUUCUCUGGGUUUUAUUGCUUUGUGAGUUUUCUCGAGAAAAUGUCUAGCUGCGGAGGAAACUGCGGUUGCGGAUCUGACUGCAAGUGCGGCAACGGCUGCGGAGGAAGCAAAAUGUAUCCAGACUUGGGAUUCUCCGGCGAGAGCACAACCACCGCGGAGACCCUCGUCCUCGGCGUUGCUCCGGAGAUGAAGGCAGAGUACGGAGAGGCCUCCGGCGAGAACGGAGGAUGCAAGUGCGGUUCCGACUGCCAAUGCAACCCUUGCACUUGCAAAUGAAAGGCCUCAAGAUAUGAUCAUAUAAUAAUACGAUGUAUGCUUUGUAAUAGCUCUAAUGGCGGUGUCCUUUUUUCGGUUUGGCUCUUAUGUGUCGUAAAUAAGAACUUUCGUUCAUGCCGAUGUAAGCCGUGUAAUACUACACACACGCAAAUAUAUAUAUAUAUAUAUAGAUAACUAAAGUUUGCUCCUUUGUUGCCUGUCGCACAAAAAUAUCUAAAAAUUACCCUUUUUCAAUU